GAGUGGGAGGUGGGGAGAAGAGGCGAGACUUUUUUGGGUGUUCCGACUCGCCAGUAGUCCUUCAGUCUCAGUCGCCAACUCCGGAGGCGCGAGCGAACAGAGAGGCGACCCGCAGCCGGGAGCCAGGGCGCGGGCUAUGCGGGCCCCGCGAGCGGCACCUGCGGUUCCUCUCGGCGGCGGCCGUGGCCUCGGCGGCAGCAGCGCGGGCCCCAGCAGCCUCGCCAGCCACCGCCGCUGCGGCCCGGGCCGCCUGCGCUGCGGUCGCCGCUUCUGAUGCGCCUGCCUGCUCCGGUCCCCGCGGCUCCGAGAGGAUGUGGGUCCUCGGCAUCGCGGCAACUUUUUGCGGAUUGUUCUUGCUUCCAGGCUUUGCGCUGCAAAUCCAGUGCUACCAGUGUGAGGAAUUCCAGCUGAACAACGACUGCUCCUCCCCCGAGUUCAUCGUGAAUUGCACGGUGAACGUACAAGACAUGUGUCAGAAAGAAGUGAUGGAGCAAAGUGCGGGGAUCAUGUACCGCAAGUCGUGUGCGUCCUCAGCGGCCUGUCUCAUCGCCUCCGCCGGAUACCAGUCCUUCUGCUCCCCAGGGAAACUGAACUCAGUGUGCAUCAGCUGCUGCAACACCCCUCUUUGCAACGGGCCAAGGCCCAAGAAAAGGGUCAGCUCUGCCUCGGCCCUCAGGCCGGGGCUCUCCACCACCGUUCUGCUCCUCAAAUUAGCCCUCUUCUUGGCACACUGCUGAAGCUGACGGAGAUGCCACCCGCUCCUGCGUUGUUCUUCUGGCCCUCGCUCCCCACCGCCCUGAGUCUCUUCUGGGUGUCCUUUUAUUCUGGGUAGAGAAGGGAGUGUGUGUGUUCUUUUUGUUCCUUUGCAAAUAAUGAAAGAGCUCCUUGUAAAAGCAUUUUUGUAAGCUGAAUAAAUCCAGUCUGAUUUUUCGGUGUGUACCCUGGAAGGGGGAGGAGCAGAAGUGUGCUCCGGUGUCCCUGUAACCAGAGUCAAGGCCAGGCUGGCGGAAGCAGCCCUUAGGUAGACGUCACGAAGAAGGGCAUCUGCGUUUCCCCAGAGCCUCUCGCUUCCACUCUGUCCCUGGCGGGGCACAGUUUCUCUGGUGACCGCUGUGUAAGGGUUACGUCGCUUUAGCGUGGGUACGGCCCGUCCCA